UUUCCUAACGUCAUUAGAUCGCGCCUCAUACAAAAUACCAACAUACACAGCGUGGUUGUGUUUCAAAGAGUGGCUAUAACUUAAACAAAAUGAAAGAUACACCAUUAUCAAAUUGUGAGCGGACAUUUCUGCUCAAGGCGAUAGAGGAAAGAAAGCGGGUGGACGGAAGAGAAACAUACGACUACAGAAAUAUCAAGAUCACGUUUGGCAUGGACUAUGGAUUUUGUAUUGUUGAUCUUGGAAAAACAAAGGUCAUGUCGCAGGUAUCCUGUGAACUGGCUGUCCCCAAAGAAACUCGUCCUUCAGAAGGGAUCCUAUUCACCAACGUGGAGCUGUCACCAAUGGCCUCGCCUGCAUUUGAAUCUAACAGGCAGUCAGAUUUGUUGGUGAAGUUGAAUAGACAAUUGGAGCGCUGCCUACGGACCUCAAAGUGCUUUGACAUGGAGUCAUUGUGUGUCAUCUCCGGAGAAAAGGUGUGGAGGAUCAAUGUGGAUGUUCACGUGUUGAACCAUGAUGGGAAUCUAAUGGACGCAGUAAGCAUAGCAGCCAUCACAUCUCUCUCACAAUUCAGACGGCCAGAGGUCAGCAUCCAGGGACGAGACGUCACUGUGCAUACAGCUGAAGAGAGAGACCCUGUUCCACUAAGCAUUUAUCAUAUGCCUAUCAGUGUAAGCUUUGCCUUCUUUCAGCAAGGGUCUUAUUUACUGGUGGACCCAAAUGACCGUGAGGAGAGAGUGAUGGAGGGUCUGCUGGUCAUCGCCAUGAACAAACACCGAGAGAUCUGCUCCAUCCAGUCCAGUGGAGGCAUCAUGUUGCUUAAGGAGCAGGUCCUGCGCUGCAGCAAGAUCGCCAGUGUGAAAGUGUCUGAGAUCACAGAGCUCAUCCAGAAAGCCCUGGAGAAUGACAAGAGAGCCAGGAAAGACAGAGGCAAGUUUGGAUUUGCAGAGUCCUUGCCUAAAGAGCGAAUCACUGCACUGAAAACACAGGAAGCCCCAGUGGAAAUGAAGGACAUCCAGGAGACUGCUAGUGCAAUCAUCAGUAAGGCAGAGGUCCCACUGAACACCAGCCAAGCGGUACGUUCCCCAGUGGUGCAUGCUGUAGGGGUUGGGCAGGUGGGUGAAGGCGUAACCAGCUCAUGGGGCCUGGAGGAGGAGGAGGAGGAGGAGGAAGAGGAGGACAAAGAAGGAGAAAUGGAAGAAAGGACAGAUAAGAAAAAAUGGAAGAAAGGUGACGUUGUUGUCAUCUCAGAUAGUGAAGAGGAGGAUGUUGUUAUGUUGAACCAGUAGCCACAGUUUGGAUCGACUCUCUGAUUGCUUCUUAUAGAUGCUGUGCUUACGUUGUACCAGAAGAGGGCAACAGUAUUUUAAAAAGAAGAUGAUGAAAUAUUCAACAACAAAUGUGUUCUGGUCAUGCAUACGCUCUGUGCAGUGGAUGCUGAUUUCAAGUAAAUUACUUUCAUAUUUGUAAUCUGAGUGGUAGAUUCUUUAAGGAUGUGGAAAUGUAUAUUUAUGCCUUUUUGGUGUUUAUCUACAUCAUGUAUGUAUCUAAUAUACCUAUGUAAAUAAAGGCUAUGUGUCUUUCAUAGA